UAUGUGGAAGAAGUGAGGUACUGUGAGACUGCUGCAGAGGGACAGAGAUACACACGCCGGAGGACUGUCACACACCAGCCUCUGCGGGGAUAUUCUUCACUUGCACUCCGUAUUUUGAUGACUACUUAUGGUGCUUUGUUUUUGCUCGAUUCCUCUUUUUCAACACUGGAUAAAGGAAUAUUUAGGAAUAAUUAGCGGGUGAGAUUGAAGAGCACGUUAGAAGAUGACAUUUGGGCAAUUUGUACCUCUUUAGAGACAGCUUGGGUCCGACACGGAGGACGCGCACUGCGUACACGUCCUUCCGGAUUACCGCACUCUCUUCGUUUUAAUGUAUCAUCAUGAAACGUGCUGGUAAAUGAAUUUCAACCCUGCGUCCACUCGUUACAUGCCCUCAUCCCUCCUCGUGCCCCGAUCCAGAUGAGAGAUUUCCCCGGUGGACCUGAACCGCUUUUACGCAGACAGUCCCCGGAGCGCAGCGCCGCCUACGCCAGCGGCGAUCCAUACCGGACAGGAGCGGAGAGAGCGUCCGUUCCCCUACUGACUUCUUGUCCUCCAUCGGAUCCUUUGCGUCAGGCUAAAAGGCUUCCAAUCCGGAUCGUAAAGAUGUUGACGGCGCACAGCGGCCACUUGCUGCACCCGGAGUACCUCCAGCCCCUCACGUCCGCGCCAGUCAGCAUUGAACUGGAUGCCAAGAAGAGUCCUUUGGCCCUGCUGGCCCAGACCUGCUCUCAAAUUGGCAAACCAGACCCCCCCUCCUCUUCCAAGCUAGCCUCCCUGUCCUCAGGCAGUCUGGGGGACAAGGAAUCGUCCAGCCGAUCUUCCAAGUCUGGAGACCAGCACCAGUCCCUGGAAGACAAGUCCAGCUUCAAGCCUUACUCCAAGUCAUCCGGCGACUGUCGUAAGGAUGUCCUGGUGACAAAGGGACCUUCGGAUAAAGCAGCUUUUAGAGUGCCAAAUGGAAGCUCCAACAGUGGCAAUGCUUCCUGUCCAUCUUUUCCUCCCCAUUCCCAGUCACCCAGCUCCAGCCCUCCUCCCCUGCACCCUCAGAGCCAGCCCCACAGACAAAGCCAUUCCCCCCCCACGCAGCCCCCUUCACACUCCCAGGCCCCGCACAUGGACAGCAAACCUGGGACCUCAGAGCAGUCCAGCUCGGACAAUAAUAACAACAGCGCUGGCAAAAAAGACUCCGAUGCAGCUAAGUCAGGGAUGGAUGUGGCUCAGUUAGCCAACUCCAGUCACAUACGGGCCAGCGCCAACUCCAGCAACGCCAGCUCUGCCAGUAGCCCGCGGCCGGAGAGCAAGGCCGAGCCACAGGCCUCCUCACAGCCUGGCUUGGGCUCUGGGCACAUUGCCCCGGUCUCUCCUUUUAAACCAGGACAUUCUGUCUUCCCCAUGCCUCCUGCUAGCAUGGGCUACCACGGCUCUAUAGUGGGGGCCUACGCUGGCUACCCCUCCCAGUUUGUUCCCGGCUUGGAUCCUACCAAGUCUAGUUUAGGGUUAGGACUUCAGGGGAAGCACCCCAGCUCCAGCCCGCUCACUGGCGCCUCACCUCCAUCCCUGAUGCAGGGCUUAUGUCGGGACCCAUAUUGUCUGACUUACCCCAACGCACCCCAUCUGGGAGGAAGUAACUGCUCCACCUGUGUCCACGAUCCCUCCAGCCUCAAGUCUGGUUUCCCUCUGGUUUACCCCUCCCACCACCUCCACUCCCUGCAUCCCAGCUCCUUGUCUUCCAGCACCGCCCCGACCCUGUCCCACCCCCUCUACACCUAUGGUUUCAUGUUACCAAAUGAACCGCUGCCUCACGCCUGUAACUGGGUGUCAGUCGGAGGUCCCUGUGACAAGCGUUUCGCCACGUCAGAGGAGCUACUUGCCCACCUGCGCACCCACACAGGCCUGCAUGGGAUGGUGGACAGUAAGCUGUUGUCAGCCUACCCUUCAUCGGUUUCAUCGACUGCCUCUUGUCACCUCCACCUGCCCCCACACAGCAGCCCGGGUACCAUGCCCAGCUCCUUUUCCCUCAGAGGCUCUCCUGGCUUGGGCUUGGCUCGCUACCACCCCUACAGUAAAUCCCACCUCCCCGGAGCACCAGGACUUUCUAUGUCAUCCCUCCCCUCCUCAGCCUAUUACUCCCCCUAUGCCCUCUACAGUCAGAGACUGGGCUCAGCCUCAGCCCUUGGAUACCAGUGAUAUCAGAAAUAGUGUUGAUGCCCACAGACUGCAGACACCAGCUUGGACUGAAGAUAGAUUCUUGAGAUGGGGGUCAUCACCAGUACAGGGCAACACGCCUGCUGGCCUGCCUGCCAGGAAUACCACCUGUUAGCCUCAGGAUUGUGACUGGCGCUCCAAAGGCAAAAGACCCUGUGAUGGAUUGUCUGCAGAACCAACAGACUUUAGUGAUUAAAGACGGCAGCACACAAAGCUUGAAAAUAAUGGAAGUGUGGGAUUAUAACACCUGUCUUGAUUUUUGUUUUUCUCUAUAUCUGUCUCCCAGAAAUGAAAGUCUGUAUUUAUUUUUCACUCAAGCGCUUGGUUUUCAAACCUAGGGGGUGGGGGAUUUUUGCUGUCCAAAUAAAUUGUUCUGAAAUAUUCUAACUGAAAAAGAAUGAUUUAAGUAUAGUACCAUCAUGCCUAUCAUACACUCUAAAAAUAAAAACCUUGCACCACGA